ACCUGCAUCUCAGAGAUCGCCCGCCGUCUCUUUUUUUCGACUCGGCCCAGACUGCUUAUUCCACAGGACCCUUGCUAGUGUCCGGCUUCUCUUUGGUGGUGUGGUCCGGCCUAGUUGUCCGCCUCUUCUUAGCCGUCCUUGCCCCGUAUCGUUAGUCUCGCGCUAUAGCUGUCCGGCGUUUGUUAUAAGUUUGAGACGUGGGAACCUCCAUCCCGAGCCAAGUCUAUCCCAACAUGUCACACCAUACCAACAGCACGACGAAUAACACGGACCGUACUCCCCCCGAGUACUCUCACUCAGAGCAAGCACCUGGCCCCGUGCCUUACACAACACAGCAGGAAGGACGCCCUCCCGUCUACCCAGCCGCCCCUGCCCCCGGCCAACCCUACCCGGCCCCGUCUGGAACCCCCGCCUCUGAAUACGGCUACUCGGGUCACCGUGGAAGUACCAGUUUCCCAGACACGAUGAUGGGAUAUCGCUCCUCCCAGAGCCACCCCAGCAAUGGCGUCCCUUCGUCCAACAGCAUGUCGGGUCCUGGACACGCCUACCCUCAUCCGGCCUAUUCAUCCUACGCGCCUCCUCCUCCCGACGUCACCAGCCCAUACCAGCACAGCGGCCCCAGCGCAGGGCUCUACGCCCAACCCCGUCCCGACUGGGCGACGUAUCAGCAAAACGGUCCCAUGCAGGGCCAUGCCGUCUUCCCCCCUACACAUUCCCCGGCUCCCGCUCAAACUAGGCAGAAUCAGGUUUAUUCGUUUGUUCCUAUCCCCGGUUCCACGCAGCACAAGCGACCACGUCGGCGCUUCGAGGAAAUCGAGCGCAUGUACAAGUGUGGAUGGAAUGGCUGCGAGAAGGCUUAUGGUACACUCAACCAUCUGAAUGCGCACGUCACCAUGCAGUCGCAUGGAACGAAACGGACUCCUGAAGAGUUCAAGGAGAUUCGCAAGGAGUGGAAGGCGCGCAAAAAGGAGGAGGAGGCGCAACGCAAGGCGGCCGAGGAACGAGCACGCGCUGCUUCCACCUCCCAAUCAACACAGAGUACCGACAACAACUCCUAUGCCGCGAGAGGCGCCGUCCAACUUCCACCAAUUGGUUCCAACACGCCAGUGUCGCAGUACCCCCUACCAGAAUACAACGGCCCGGCAUACCAGAACUACCCUCCCGGCUCUGGUUCCCCCUAUCACCCCAACGGUUAUAGCACAGCUCAACAUGCCAAUGGGCAGGCUUAGUAGUGUAUUCUUCUCGUGGUGACUAAGAGUCCCCACAUCGGAAAGAGAGAGUGUUUGUGAACGACACGAAUCGAUACUGGUCCUCCGGAGGCGUUGAGGUUUUA